CAAAGCCACAAAUAAUAACGUCCUGCCCCCCCACUCACGACCAGAUCCAGGACUUCCCUUGGGAUUCUUCUGACUCGGGAUACGAACAGAACCUCGCAGCGGCUCUAGCGGACCGAGCGUGGCAGUGGUCAUUCCUGCGUGGCGGAGUCUGGGAUAUAAGUCGCGUUGAUCCUCUGGCACUUCCUCCCUGGACCUGGCAAAAGACCUGGGAAAAGGAUCAAGCCUUACCGUCCGAUCCAGCGUGCUAGGCCCUAUGGGAUGAACUGAAACUAAUCGGUGGACCCCCCGGAUUCAAUGGGUCCAAAUUCGUUCCGUAUUGUCAUUUCACCUUACUCCAGCCAGCCUAGUUCCCUUUCACGAUCAGGGGGAAAGCUCUUUUCGCUUUGAUAUAAUAAACCCGGGGCGCUUCUCCCUUUUCCUCGUCAUCCCUCGACCUGCCAGCUUCACGACCCUCUGGACCUUGAAUCAUGGCGACCUCCGCGUCGCAGUCCCAGCCCGACCUGGGCAAGCCCCAGUUCGCCUCGCACUCAUGGCUCGAGCCGAUUAUUGUCGUGAGCAUCAUGAUUGGCUCGCUGGUCAUGAACCGUCGUCGAAACUACAGCGUCCUGCGAUCGAGGAAGACGUCGCGCCUGAACGAUCCCUACGCCGACGAUGAUGGGUAUUCGGAGCCCAGUCCGUAUGCGAAAACCCAGACGGUGUGCGGCAUCACCGUCGACACCCCCGACUCCUCGCGCUGGGCCCACCACGUCCACAGCCGUCUGCUGCAGAAAUUCCCCUUCCUCGUCGAGAUGUUCUACUGGGCCGUCAACUACCUCUUCUACUCCGUCACCAAGGCCACCUCGCAGUGGCUGUCGCCCGCCCAGAUCGGCGUCGUCCAGGUCGCCCAGAACCACGGCGUCAGCAUCCUCGAGUUCGAGCACAAGUCCUUCUUCAGCUUCUUCUUCUCCAUCGAGGAGGCCGACUUCCAGCACUACUUUGUCGAGUACCACCCGGCCUUCAUGACCUUCUUCAACCGCAUCUACUCGCUCGUGCACAUCCCGGGGACGGUGCUAUUCCUUUCCUGGUACUACUACGCCGCCGAGGACCAUAACACCUUCGCCGUCGCCCGCCGCACCAUGACCCUCGGCAACCUCGCCGCCUUCAUGAUCUUCUGCGUCUACCCCUGCAUGCCGCCGCGCCUGCUGCCCGAGUCCUACCGAUUCUUCGACACCGUGCGCCAGGAGCACGCCGAGAGCGUCUGGGUCGGCGGCAAGUCCAUCAACCAGUUCGCCGCCAUGCCCAGUCUGCACUUCACCUACGCCUUCGUCAUCGGAUGCACCUUCCUCUACCACUCCGGCUUCCUGCAGCGCUUCUCCGGCCGGCCCACGCGCCGCUCCACCCUCAAGCAGAUCAUGUACAUCUCCCUCGCCGUCGUCUACCCGCUGCUCGUCCUCAGCGUCAUCGUCGCCACCGCAAACCACUACUGGCUCGACGCCGUCGUCGCCAUCUUCACCGUCUCUCUGUGCUUCCUGGGCAACCGCGUCCUGUGUCUGCUGCUGCCCGUCGAAUACUGCAUCUGCUGGGCCUUGCGUCUGGCCAAACCCGUCCCCACGACCGGGGACCGCACCCUGAGUCGAUACGCCGCCCGACGCGAUGAUAUCCAAUAUAAUCCUGUAUAGACAUAGCGAAACCUUCAUCUCCUGCAUGCGAACCUGACCUCACCCCCACGAUCCACCUAUAUACCAACCCGUCCUGUCUGCUCAACCACCCCCUUUCGCAGCAUAUAUAAACCAAACACCCCCUCGUCGUCCACGGAGACCAAAACCGGUCACGUUACAUGGCUCCCGCACCGCUACAUGCCCCAUAUAUAGCUGAUUUCAGACAGCGUCUCAUGGAGGUUCAACGGGCCCUCCCGCAUUUACUUGCAUAUAUAUAUAAUCUUUGAUCGCAUCGCAUUAGCCUCGCUAGUAUGUAUAAUAUAUUAAUCUUGAAUGACU